AUGAUCUCGCUUCGCCUAACGGCGGCGGGGCCGUGCCUGCGCAAGGCCCAGCGGCGCCCAGUUGUGGCGGCCCGAGCGAAGGAGAGCUCCAACAAGGACGAGACGGUGCUUGCCGCGUCGCUGGACCAGCCCGCGAUGCCCGACAUGUCCUUCCCGCGCAAGGGUCUGUCGCGCGACGUGGUCAACAUGUUCCAGGACGCCCAGAAGAACAUCCUCGAGCUCAACCGCUCCCGGCUCCAGGCGAUCGACGACCUCAAGGCGGCCAACGCGCGCAUCGAGGAGCUCGAGGCCAAGGUCGCGGAGCUCGAGGAGGUCGUCGAGAAGGGCGGCGGCGCCCCCGGCGAGGAGCCCAAGCCCACCGACACAAUCGAGGUGCUCUACGAGUCCGGGUGGCCGGACGCGUGGAUCCACUACAACGUCGAGGGGCGGGGCUGGACGAAGCCCCCCGGGGACAAGAUGGCGACGGGCGGCAACGACUCCAUCCCGCACGCCAAGCGCGUGGUGUUCGACGCCAAAAGUGUCGAGUUCGUGAUGAACAACGGCGGGGACAAGUGGGACAGCCCGGACCCGUUCAACAAGGACGGCCCGAAGAACUACACCGUGGACUCCCCCGGAACGUACCGCCUCAAGAGCGGGAAGCUCCACAAGAUGGAGUGA